AUGGCCAUCCGCUCCAGGCUCCGCGCUGCCUUCCGCCGCCGCGCCACCGACGAUGCCACCACAGCGAGCACUGACACCGAGCUCCCGCCUGCAACCGCCCAGCAGGAGACCUUCGGCAAGACGGACCCCUCGCCCGAGUCGGGCGUCAGCGGUGCAGACGGGUCCGUCGCGAACCCCGACGCCGCAACGCCGCCGGAGGAGCUGCAGCGCGGUGUCAACGAGGUCGAGGCCGUCACGCAGACGUGGAGCAAGAAGUCGCUGAUUGCGGUGUUUAUCAACAUCUGGGCCCUCUACUUCGUCAACGCCUUCCAGUCCUCCAUCAUCAGCAACCUGCUCCCCUACGUGACCUCCGACUUCGAAGCCCACUCGCUGCUGACAACCAUCUACGUCGUCGCCGACUGUUUCUCCGCCGCCGUGUUCAUCCCGCUGUCCAAGAUCCUCGAUGUCUGGGGCCGCGCCGAGGGCUUCCUCUUCAUGACGGUGUGCGCGACACUCGGCAUGGUCAUCAUGGCGGCCUGCCAUAACCUGCCGACGUUCUGCGCUGGAUACGUCUUCUACACAAUCGGCUUCAGCGGCAUGACCUACUGCGUCGACGUGAUCACAGCCGACAGCUCCAAGCUCAAGAACCGAGCCCUCGCCUACGCAUUCACGUCCUCCCCCUACAUCAUCACUGCCUUCGCGGGCCCCAAGGCCUCCGAGGACUUCUACGCCCUGUACGGCUGGCGCUGGGGCAUGGGCGUGUUCAGCAUCGUAUUCCCCAUCACCGCAAUGCCGCUGUAUAUCCUGUUCAAGCGGAACCUGCGCAAGGCGAAGAAGGAGGGUGUGCUGAAUCAAGAGGAUUCAGGCCGGACGUUCCUGCAGAGUGUGUGGCAUUAUAUUAUCGAGUUUGACGCAUUCGGCAUGUUCGUCUUCUCCGCCGGCCUGGUCAUCUUCUUCCUCCCCUUCGAUAUCGCCGACAGCGCACCGAACGGCUGGGGGACGGGUUACAUCAUCGCCAUGAUCGUCGUGGGCGUGGUCAUGCUGGGCAUAUUCGUCCUGCACGAGCUGUACAUUGCGCCUGUGCCUAUGCUCAAGUUCAGCUUCUUGAUGGACAGGACUGUCAUCGGCGCGUGCUUACUGGAUGCAACGUACCAGAUCUCGUACUACUGCUGGGCCAACUACUUCACCUCCUUCCUGCAGAUUGUCAACGACCUCACCCUCGCUGAAUCCGGAUACGUCUCCAACACCUUCGACGUUGUCUCGGGCGUCCUUCUCUUUGGUGUUGGCUAUGUUAUCAGAUACACCGGGCGCUUCAAGUGGCUGCUCUACAUUGCGGUGCCGCUAUACAUCUUCGCCCAGGGACUUAUGAUCUACUUCCGCCGCCCCAACCAGAGCGUUGGCUAUCUAGUCAUGUGUCAGAUCUUUAUCUCCAUUGGUGGAAGUAUCUUCAUCAUCAUCGAGCAGCUGGCGAUCCUGGCAGCCGUUGACCACCAGCACGUCGCGACUGUGCUGGCCCUGCUGAAUGUCGUUGGAACCAUCGGUGGCGCGAUGGGCAAUACCAUUUCCGGCGCUAUCUGGACGAAUACCUUCCGUCCGGGAUUGAUGAAGUAUCUCCCCGCUGCUGAGCUGUCGAAUAUCGAUAUGAUCUACGACGACCUGGACACCCAGAAGAGUUAUGCUAUUGGGACGCCCGCGCGAGAGGCGAUUCAGAAGGCGUAUGGGUAUGCGCAGACGAGGAUGCUUGCGGCUGGAACGGGUAUUAUGGCGCUGUGCUUCCUGUGGACGAUUAUGAUUCGGAAUAUCAAUGUCGGGAAGAUCGCGCAGGUGAAGGGUAAUGUCUUCUAA